CUCCACCACGACACCUCUCAAAAAGUUCAUUGAGUGGAAUCGAAAGGGAACACACUAAAACAUGCCGUGAAAAGUUUCACGUUUUCUGUCAUUCUUUCUGCAGCAGUAGAAUUCCCCCCUAGAAUGACGGACAUUCUGCUCUCCGUGGUGUCAGAGGCGAAGCAUGCCUUCCCAACUCUCUCCCAACUGUCAGAGACUGAUGUGGAUGACCUUUGGUCAAAUGUGUCCUCUUUCGUCGAGCGUCAGAUGUCUUUACAGAAGGGAGUCCAUAUAAAUGGGCUGGGCAGAUUCACAUUCUGUCAACAAAAGAUGGAUGUGGGAAGUAAGUAUGUUCUAAUCCAGAGACCAGUCUUUCUUCUAUCAGAGAAACUCUCCCAAGCUCAUGGCCUUAAGCAAGUGAAACCACAAAUCGCAGCUGGUGAUGUACCAGAGGUGCCACUGAACUUCUCAGCUCUGGCAGCCGAGAGCCCCUUUGAGCGGGACGUGAUAGAAGGUUGUAUACGUGAGACACUCAUGUUGCUACUGCGUGCUGUUGCCUCUCAGCGAUCAGUCCUCUUCACCUUCAGGGGGAUCGGUGUGCUGGUCUUUCGUAACUCAAAGGUGAAGAUGCACUUCUACAAAGACUUUGUCACCAGUAUGGAUGGCAGUGGAAAAGCGCUGUGGGCCCUAAGCAAUAGACCAGGCACCAGCAACUCACUGUUAUCAGAGAAGUUCUAUAGCCAGGAUAGGCCUGGAACCAGCAAUACCAUCCACCUCCCACACAUCACAUCACGGGCAGAAAGUGUGCAUGGAAAGACAUAUAAGCCCUCUAGUGCACUUGACAGUGUUGAGGAACAGGAGAAAGGUGCCUCAGAAAUUCAGUGUCAGUCCAAGUCUCGGAAGGGUUCCGCCACGACCAAAGAUAAUGGUGUGAGCAUGAUAGACAAGCUGUAUACCAAACCCACCAAAUCUCCCCAGACUAUUGACAGGACGACUGAACAGCCAGUACAAACUUCACUGCGAGCAACGAAUGUUAGGAAUGAAAGAAGUGCUCAAUUCAGCCUAACCUGCCAGGACCACAAACGUGCUGGACAGGAACUGUGCUACCUGUGCAUGCAACGAGCUAAGAUUAACAAUCCUCUGUACCUGUCAGAAGAGAGGCGGAGAGAGGAGGAUGAGGAGGCAAGACUGUUACUCUUACUAGAGAAUCACAAAGACCACCAGUACCUUCAGGAUGUGCAGGCUGAGAAGAAUCAAAUACGUGAGAACCACAAGAAAGUAGCAGCAUUUAAUUUGGAGGUUGCUGAAGCCCUGAAAAAAAAGAGGUCAACACGCUCCUCCCACUUCCAUCCUUCAUAUAUCUUUGGAGGGCGCCUAGACACUCCCCCUAAUUUGUUGAACCGGCAGAACUAUCAGGAGGAUCUAAGACGCCAAGCAUCCUGCCUCGUACAGAAUCAGAAACUCAACCAGCAGAGCCAGGACUUAAUAGACCAUCUACAGCAAGUCCAGCUGUCCCAUGAGAUUGGUCGGCAAAAGACACAAUUUCUCAAGGAGAAACAUGAAAACUCAGAAAGCUAUAAAAAAGCGUUGGACACUCAGGUGCAGGUAGAACAGGUAAAACCAAAGGUACAUUUCAAGAAGAGACUUCUGUUCCCACCAAUCAAGAAAGACUCUGAUCGCACUGAGAGAACAGAACAGGCAGGUGAGUAUCAAGGAACAGGUAUCCCAGCACAUAUGCCAGACUCAGUUGGUCCGUUGUUUGGGGUGUUGGACAGCAACCCAGAGGAUUUGGCUGUACAGCGUCACAUGGCACAGGCAGUCCAACAGGAGCAACUCUGGACAGCCACACAUAGGAAACAAGAGGCCAUGUUCAACAAACUUAUGCAGCUAAAGAGGGAGAGAGAGAUGCUUAAGAGAAACCACAAAGAGCUAAUGGAGGAACACAUCUCCCACUACGAGAAACUAUGUAACCUGAGAAAGUCUCUAGAGAUGACAUGGAGUCGCAGUGCUAAUCUCAAGCGCCAGAGGGACAAAGAGGAGAGGGAAUUCAUCAGGUCUGGUAGUAGGCUUCUGAUAAGCCAGUGUGAACAAUACCGCCGCUGCACCCAGUGUAAGAGGACGCCAGCAAACUCUGGAGAGAGCAACCUCUGGAAAGAGACACAUUUCAUUCCUGAGUCUCGCCUGAUGGUGUAGCAUGAAACCCAGCACACAAACAUGCAGAAAAAACUUGAAAACCUUAAAAGUGCAGUUGCAUUAAAUAUGCUUUGCAUUUCCAUAA